UUCCUCUUUGGUGUAUAAGAUGAAAAUUACUCGACUUGUGUAAGGUUAUAUUAGUACAGAUUCGUUUGACGACGUGAACAGAUAAAAUCCAGGGACAAACAUGUCGACCGUCGGAGGACUAGCAACCGCUUGCACUUUGGGAAGCCAACCCAAGAGGCGUUUCCAACCCACCGCUACCCUCAUCAAGACCCCGCCCUCCUCUCUUGGGUCGGUGCAGCCCAUCGCCAAGUCCUUGGGCCUGAGAUCUCCGUGCGGCUUCCGGGCGUCCAUGGCGGUGUACAAGGUGAAGCUGAUCGGCCCUGACGGGGGCGAGCAGGAGAUUGAGGCGUCCGACGACUCCUACAUCUUGGACUCAGCCGAGAACGUGGGGCUCGAGCUGCCCUACUCGUGCCGGGCAGGCUCUUGCUCUACCUGCGCAGGGAAACUGGAGUCGGGGGCCGUGGACCAGUCCGAGGGCUCGUUCCUCGAUGAGAACCAAAUGGAGCAAGGGUACGUGCUCACUCGUGUUUCCUAUCCAAAGUCCGAUUGCGUGAUCUACACACACAAGGAGGAAGAGGUUCACUAGACCCUUGAUUGCAUGGCUCGUUCUUGAUUUAGUUUAGUGUACCACGUGAUCAAUUCAUGUAACAAUGUAUCACUUGAUACAUUGUAGUCUCACUAUAUUGAUUAUAGUUGAAUAAGAAGCACUCUUUGUAAGUUCUUGAAAUGCUUCCGAAUACGGAGUAUAUUCAUAUAGCCCACUACAAUAUAGCAUAUUUAGUGCUC